AUGACAGCUGAUUCACCCACCAUGGCUGCCAAUGGGCAAGCCGACGCUCCUCUCAAAUCCAAGGACUUCGACUACUCCGCUCCUCCCCCCUUCACCUUGUCGGAUCUACGCAAGAAGGGAUCCCAUUUCGACCCCAAGUGCGACCUGUUCACGGAGGCCGAAUACAACGACGUUGUCACCUCGGCAACGUGGUGGUGGGGCAUGGUCGCUCUCUUGGCCGCUCUCUCGGUCACGUUCGGGCCCCUCGUCAUGUUCAAGCUCUACUUCAUGCCGUACUGGGAAUGGUCGUACCUGAGGGGAGGCCUAUCAACUAUUGAUAGAGACUACGGGAUGUUCAACAAGAUUCACCAUGACAUUGGAACGCACGUGGUGCAUCAUCUGUUUCCCCAAAUUCCCCACUACAACCUGACAGAAGCAACGGCGGCCAUCAAGCCUAUUCUUGGAAACUACUACCGCGAACCAGAGCCAUGCAAGGGCCCCUUCCCUUUCCAUCUUCUAGAGCCUUUGGUAAAGUCUUUUGGUGAGGACCACUUUGUGGCGUCUGAGGGAGAUAUCGUCUUCUACCAGAAGAGCCAUGAGCUGUAA